AUGAAGCAUAAGUUUUGUUUUGAAGCACUUGAUAGAAGUUUGAAGGACAUCAUGAAGUCGGUUGAUAGGGCUAACUUGCAUCGACCUCUUGGUGGCAAAAGUUUGGUAUUUGGUGGUGAUCUCAUGCAGAUAUUACGAGUUGUACCGAAGGGAACGAGGCAAGAUAUCGUGUUCGCGACCAUUAAUUCCUCUUACUUGUGGGAUUCAUGUAAGGUCCUAAGACUUACUCACAAUAUGAGACGAAAAGCAGGUUAUUCGAAAUCUGUUGUUGAUGAAUUACGAGAAUUCUUAGAUUGGAUACUAAGUGUUGGAGACGGAAAAGUUGUGGGUCCUAAUGAUGACGGACCCGUAAUUGAGGUUGCAAAAGAUAUCCUUAUAGAUCCUGGGGCAGAUCCAAUUUCAGUAAUUGUUGAUACCACAUACCCAGACCUACAGGAGCAUAUUUGGGAAGCUAAAUUCUUCCAGAAAAGAGCUAUUUUAACGCCAACAAAUGAUAUAUUGGAGAUAGUUAAUGAUCAUGUUCUAUAUAUCUUUCCUGGAGAAGAGAAAGUGUAUUUGAGUUUGGAUGCUAUAAGCAAAGAAGAAGGCAAUUUUUGUGUACAUGAAAUAUACUCAAUUGAAUUCCUCAAUAAUAUAAGAUGCUCAAGGCUCUCAAAGCAUAGCAUGCGACUAAAGGUUGGUGCGCCAAUUAUGCUUCUAAAGAAUAUUGAUCAAACAUCUGGAUUAUGUAAUGGCACGAAGUUAGUUGUCAAUCAUUUAGGCAAUCGUGUUAUUGAAGCUACUGUUACUUCUGGAAGCAAUAUUGGAGAAAAAAUAUUUAUCCCAAGAAUGACACUAACCCCAUUUGACUCCACUAAUUUUCCUAUCAGAUUUCAGAGACGGCAGUUUCCUUUAAUGGUUUAUGUUUUGCUAUGA